CAGCCCAUGAGCAGUCUACACCUGCGGCAACAAGAGGUUGUUGUUGCGCUGCGCGGACAGAAAGCGUCGCGGAAGGUUCGCGCUCUGCUAUGACGCUCAAAAACGGCUCUGUGUCUCUGGAGAAACGCCUGGACCUGGCGUCGUUGUUCUGUAUGAUUAGCAGGCACGGCCCCGCCGUGGCGGUGGUUGUCAUCGCCAUGGUCUCCGUGGUGGCGGCUUUCCUCAUCUACCGGAACGUCAGGAGCAAGCGGAGAAAGGCCAAAGCCGCGGACGGAGCGAGCUGCGCGGCGCAGGAAUCCGCGGAGGAGCCGCUGAAGAGUGCGGAGACAGCGGGCAACUCUGCGCCCUCUACAGGUGUGAUUGAUGCUUCAGAAGACGUGGAGCUGAAAGUUAGACGGCGCCGUGCUGCUGCCUCCAAAUGUCCAUUGCCUCCUCAGGGCAACAUCCAGGAUCCAGACUUAAGCCCGUUGCAAUCGCGUGAGCAGACAACUCUACCAGACACCGGUGAAGUGGUUGUGUCGCGUGUGGAGGAUGUCGGGCAGCGUCACGCUUCAAGCAAGGAGGAAAUUGACGGUGGCAACCAGGGUGUCAAAGAUGUGACUGAGAACCAGGAGUCUGUCAGUGAGCGCCACCAAGAGGCAGAUAAGGUGUUGGAAGCACCUGGAUCAUCUUUUGUCUUUGAGACAAACCUGCAGUGUGCUACGAUCAGUGUGCUCAAGCAAACCCAUUCACUAAACUAUGAUGGACAACAAGAUGAAGCCACAAUGGAGAGAAAUUUAGACAAGCCUGUCCUUCAUGUUGAAGACUUAUCGAUCUCUUAUUCCCAGAGUGAUUCUGUGGAGACAGAUUACCUCCCAGAGAGUAAAGCUGACACUGGCUACUGCAGCCAUGAAGGUUUCACUCCAGAAGCAGACGAUGAGUUGGUAGACGACCAGCGUAACAAGGUUAAAAUUGAAAUAUUGGAACCCUAUCCAGUUGAAGAUCUUACUGUUGAAAUGCUACAACAGUAUGAAGAGAUUUGUGUUCUCUCUGUGGCUCAGCAGAUAAAUGCAAAAUUCCUAAUGACUGCGUGUGCGAACACUCCGGAUCAGUGGAGCAAUCAAAGUACACAAGGUGACAGCCUGGACGAUGUCCUGGAAGAUGCACAUCUGGACGCUACUGAUGAUUAUGAAACAGUUUCAGUGGCUGAAUCCCAUCACACUAUCUUGGCUCCUUCUGUGCCUUUGGAUGUGACUGAUGUUGCUGCUGGUCAUGAUGCUGAACUGCUGGCAGAACAAUCCUCUUCCCCUGACCUACUGUUCAUCUGUGAAGAUCAGCAAAGUGCUGACUUGCUACAAAAACAGCCUGUUGAUGUGAUGACUGUUACCUCAGUUUGUGCAAUUGGUAGCUACCGUGAUGGUCCACCUGAAGAAAUGUCUCAUCCUGAUGCAUCAUCUGCAAAUGCCUUUGAUUUGAGUGUUGCCAUAGUAGAAUGUGAUGAUGCUGCACCAGUCAUGGAUAAUGACUAUGACGUGGGCCGGCAGGAGGAGGCUGAAGACGACUAUGACGUGGGCCGGCAGGAGGAGGCUGAAGACGACUAUGACGUGGGCCGGCAGGAGGAGGCUGAAGACGACUAUGACGUGGGCCGGCAGGAGGAGGCUGAAGACGACUAUGACGUGGGCCGGCAGGAGGAGGCUGAAGACGACUAUGACGUGGGCCGGCAGGAGGAGGCUGAAGACGACUAUGACGUGGGCCGGCAGGAGGAGGCUGAAGACGACUAUGACGUGGGCCGGCAGGAGGAUGUGGUUGUCAUUUUAUCACGUGGUUUUGACACUUCAGUUGUAACACCUGGCUCAGAAUGGCAAGAUGCCUCCUGUCCUCAUUCACAACAAGUUAAGGCACAAAGCAGCCGUGCGGAUGAUUGGAGUAAAUCAGAUGUUCCGGUACAGUCACACUUCUACCAAGUUUCCCACUAUGAGGAUUUUGCCAAAAAUGAGGAUUUCUUUGGUCAUGAGGUUGAGGACACUUACAACAGAGCACUUGACCAGUCAGAAUGUGAUGAUGCUACACCAGUCAUGGAUGAUGACUAUGUAGGCCAACAGGAGCAGGUUGAGGAUAUGGUUGUCAUUUUAUCACGUGGUUUUGACACUUCAGUUGUAACACCUGGCUCAGAAUGGCAAGAUGCCUCCUGUCCUUGUUCACAACAAGCUGAGGCACAGAGCAGCUGUGUGGAUGAUUUGAGGAAAUCGGACGUUCCGACACGAUCACACUUCUACCAAGUUUCCCACUAUGAGGAUUUUGCCAAAAAUGAAGAUUUCUUUGGUCAUGUGGUUGAGGACACUUACAACAGAGCACUUGACCAGUUUGCGCUGCACAUCACCACAAAUAUCAUGAGCUUAAAUAUGCCAAAACCAUCAAGUGCUUGUGAGGCGGCGGAGGUGGUGAGUUACAAAAAUACUGAGAUCAGCAUCAUGGAGGCAACUAUGGACACUAACGAGUGGAUCACAGAUGGUAGCAGCCAAAUUCUACCCUGGAUGAAAGUUUCUGUGACGGAGUCUCUCCGAAAAACUGAACACCAACACAAGUCACCUGAGACUCCAAAAAAUGUUCCACCUUCAUGCCAAGUCACACACGCCAGCACGUUCAGCUUGGGGAAAGUGCCGGCAGUCCGUCCUUUACACGGGUAUGUCAAUGUGACCUUCCGCAUCCACUACAUCACCUACUCACCGUUCCAGAUGUUGGCCGUCACUGGGAACCAGCCGGAGCUGGGCAGCUGGCAGGAUUCCAUCCUGCUGGAGCCCAUCGCUGAUGGGUACUGGGUCGGCACCGUCAGCCUUCCUGCAGAGAAAUGCGUGGAGUACAAAUUUGUGGUGGUGGACAAAGGAGAGAUCUGUCGCUGGGAGGAGUGCAGCAACAGGUUCUUGGACACAGCCUGUGGAGACAACCUGCUGGUACACAAGUGGUGGGGCUUCCUGUAAGAGGUGAGGAGGGAGCUUUAAGAUAACUGAUAGAGGGGAAAAAUGUUUCGGAAGCACUGGUUGUGGUGUGAAGGAUGUGGUUUUAAAUGUCGGAUUGUCGUUAAAGUGACACUAGUUGUCUUGUGAAAUGUUGCCCUUCCCCCAAUAAUCUGAGCUUUCACCCCGUGCCUGUCUUUGAGGGACAAUGUGGACUGAUGGCUAAAAUGGGGGCGCUGUUGCACUGAAAUAAUCAAAGAAUUCUUCCUUAAUUACCCAUAAUGCACUGUAUUGCAUGCGUGCAAAAUGAUUGUGGUUUUGCACUGCGCUCAAUCGUCUGAGCAAAAAUAAAGUUAAUGAAACAUUGACAUUUGCAGAAUUUUAGGCUCAUCCUAUUCCUGAAAGAUCUCUUGAAAAUGUGAAUCCAAACACAAACCGUAUCUCCUCCAGUAAAUUUGUGUACAUGCUGUGGAACAUUGCACUACGGGUAAUGACAAAACACCCCCCGAAAAGCUCAUUCACGUUUUUAGCAUGAAGCUUCAUACUAUUUUGUUCAGUGUUUGUCUUCAAUCAAAUGUCAUUCUUUUUUUUUUUUUUCCCCAAGUUGUGAUCCGUCUUAAUUUACACACUAACUCUUUGUGGGCAAAAGCUCAAAUCCAUAAAACGAUGCAAUUCAGAUAGUAAAAUGCUGUAAAACAGUGUUUCUUGUAAUAUGCAAUUUGCACUCUUUAAAUAUAUAUAAAUAUGUCCCUUGUGUUUUUGGACACUUAAUUCUCUUCCUGUCUGGUCCUUAAUGAUCUUUAUCAUCUUUCAUGCAGUUUGUUUUUACCGCAGCAAUAAGUGUUGGUGGAUUAUCGGGUAUCCUUGUUUAAUCUGUGGGGACUCUGCAUGCAGACUCUGUGCCUUUUCUGGAUGUAAUGUUCUGUUUCAUCUUUGUAGGAAAUUACUUUGCUGGCUUUUUUCAUGUACAAAUAUUGUUUAAACACUAAAAUUGAUUAAUCUUCAAAGUGAUGCCGUAAAUUUAAAUUGUUUAAUGCGGUGCAGGUUGUAAAAUUUCAUCAUAAUACAGAUUAUGUUUAAAAAAAAAAAAAAAAAAAAAAAAGCACUUCAGAUGUCUUGUAAUGUUUAGUGGAUUUAAUAAAUAAA